AUGACUGCCUCGCUGAUUGAGAGGCUCCCACCCGAGCUCGUCGCUCAUAUUGCAGUCUUGUCAGUCUGGGGACCGAAUGACUCGUCGAGCCUGAAGGAUUUUUCUGCUCUUGCUCGAACGUGCAGCCAUUUCUACAGUAUUCUGAACCCUCUCCUGUACAAACACAACUUCAAACAUGAUGAGCCGUACAAAUCAUGUGUCCUCUGGGCCGCGGAUCACGGUAACCUCGACACUUUAAAAAGAGCACGCUCCUACGGGGCUGAUCUCAAUAUUGAUGGGUCCAGAGAUGAUUCGGAUUUUACCCUCCCUCGGAAGUCUCUCCCCGGCGGAUAUAUUGCGACUGCCCUAUAUUUAUCUAUCCACCAUGAAAAUAUGGACAUAUUCAACUAUCUCCUGGAUGAGAAUGUUGAUAUUGAAGCUCCUUCUUUGGGCCUUUGCUCAUGCGAGCCUGGAGGCGACCGGAAGACAUAUCCUCUGCAUGCGGCUCUCCACCCUGACAUAGACCCUAGGUUUGCGCAAGAGCUGAUUGCGAAAGGGGCAUAUCUUGUGGCCAAGCAUGUGCCGGCAAUCGCGUACAUGGAACGAAUGGAGGAGGUGUCUAGCAAAGCUAUCGAACAUCUUCUUCGGCGGUCUGAGCCUCUCGCUAUGGGCGCGUCUCUGCAAUACGCAGUAGGAAAGAAGAGAGCCGAUCUCGUCCGCGAGCUUCUCGAGAACGAAGCAGAUAUCACGUACAGAAAUCCCAUCUCAGGCGAAACAGUUCUUCAUGUUGCACUUGCAUUUGAGGUGCAGGAUCCGGAUUUGGACGUCCUCAAGAUGCUUUUAGCUCAUCCUGAAGCCCCCGUGUCUGUCAGGAGCGACUAUGGCGAGCCUCCUAUUCUUUUAUGUGCCUAUAGGUCAACGUUUGUGGAGGCUAUGAAGCUUCUGCUCGCUCAUCCCAACACCGACCCCUUGGCCUCCAAUAGAAAUGGAUUUACCGCACUUGAUAUCGCAGCAAAGUCUGGAUCCGCUCCCAUGUUCAGUCUCCUCCUGAGACACCCCCGGGUGAACCUGUACGAUGAGGAACGCAGGCCGGGUGAUAAACUACUCAAUCUUGCUUUGCGAUACAUUGUUGACAAUUUGGACAUUGUCAAGUUUCUACUAGCGCAGCCUGGGGCCCGUGUUUCUUCGCCAGGACUCAACAUGAAGACUCCCCUGCAUAUCUGUGCGGAAAAACCAGCAUUAUUCGAAGUUGCGAAGCUACUCCUAGCCCAUCCUAGCCUCGAGCCACCUCAAGCUGACUCUUUUGGUGUCACGCCCCUGCUCUACGCUGCGUACUCUAAGUUUAUUCCCAUGAUUGAAUUGCUUCUCAGCCAACCCAGCACGGUUUGAGGCCGCCAAAUCACUCCUUGCUCACCCUGAUAUCCAAACUACUGUGAUGGAUGGUUACGGCAUGCCACAGCUCGCACGCGCGGCCGGGUCUGGAUCGAUCGCCUUGUUUGACCUCAUUGCAAAUCGGCCUGAAGUUGACAUACACUCUCUUUGUGCCAAUGGCCGAAACAUGCUCCAUAUUGUUUGUAGCUCACCAGAGACUGAGGAGUCCAUAUGCUUAGCGGAACGUCUUCUGGAUCGUGGUCUCCCUGUUAACGGUGGACUCGAAGCCUCUGGGAGCCCUCUCUAUUGCGCGCUGAAGAAUCAAAACGUCAAAAUAGCAUUAAUGCUUUUAUCACGAGGUGCCGAUACGAAUUUGGACAUCGAUGCCAAUCAUCAAUGGGGCCUCCUACACCACUUACUCGCUGAGCCGCUCCCCUAUCAGACCGAACUUCUUCGGGAGCUUCUCGCGAAGGGAGCGAGGGUAGAUAGGCCGACUACGGAGUUUAGGGGCCAAUAUGGUGCCACGCUUAUCUUCGAGACAGGCGGGACGCCUCUCGUCUUUGCUUUGGCCGGUGCUGGCAACGCCGAGUGCAUGAAGCUCCUCCUUGACGCCGGAGCUAAUCCCCGUGCCAUGGCGUUGUCAAGGGUCGGGAGGGGUGGUGUCGAGGAAGGUGGCAAACAUUCUAUGCUUUCUGCUCUAUUCCUAGAAAGGUUUCGGAGCUUCCCUGAUAACCGCAUCACAGAAUGGAGUGUUGAGAGUAUAACGGAGGAGGUUGUCCUCCUUCUUGAGCGGGGCACCGGCAUCGGCCCUGUUGGGGAGGGCCCUUCAGCCUUUGAGUUCGCUUCCGACAUUGCUUAUUAUUCGCAGAAUUGGGAGUUGCUGGACUUGCUGGUAGAUUAUGCCACGAGUCAAAACAUUCACCCAGACGAGGUGCAGCGGCUAAUUGAUGAUUACGAAAAGGACGCGGUAGAGGUGAAAGCGAAACUCGCCAGCUUCAAAUCUAAGUUGCUUUCAGAGCGGUUGA